AUUGAAAAGAGGCAACGCAAACCCUCACCAUUUCUCGCCAAUCUCAAAGAAAUACAAGACCCAGCUGAAGCUUUAUCGCUCUUCCAUGAAUAUGACCGAAUGGGAUUCAAACACGAUUACCCAUCCUACUCUGCUCUCAUCUACAAGCUUGCUCGAUCUCGCUACUUCGACGGCGUUGAGACAGUUCUCGGUUACAUACAAUCCCGUAAUAUUCGGUGCAAAGAGAUGCUUUUCACUGCGUUGAUUGAGCAUUAUGGAAAAGCCAAGUUGGUGGAUAAGGCCAUUGAGAUUUUCCAUAGAAUGACUUCUUUUGAUUCGGUCCGUACAUUAAUGUCUUUGAAUACACUUAUGAAUGUACUUGUUGAAAAUGGCAGAUUUGUCGAUGCAAAAGGGAUUUUUGAAAGAUCCUAUAAAAUGGGAUUUCGUCCAAACGCGGUGUCAUUCAAUAUAAUGAUGAAAGGAUUACUUGCAGAGGGGAAGUGGGAAGAUGCAUGCUACAUGUUCGAUGAAAUGCUUGAGAGAAAGGUUCAACCAAAUGUGGUGACUUAUAAUAUUCUUAUAACGUUUUUGUGCAGAAAGGGUGAUGUAGAGAAAGCAAAAAGCUUGCUUGAUGACAUGAUUAGGAAGGGAAAGUACCCAAAUGCGGUGACCUAUGCAAUAUUGAUGGAGGGUUUAUGCUCCAUUGGCGAGUACAAUGAAGCUAAAAAGAUGAUGUUUGACAUGGAAUAUCAAGGCUGUAAGCCACAGCUUGUGAAUUUUGGUGUCUUGAUUACUGAUCUUGCAAAGAGAGGGAGGAUUGAAGAGGCAAAAUCUUUACUCAGUGAGAUGAAGAAAAGGCGGUAUAAGCCUGAUGUUGUGACAUAUAAUAUACUGGUGAGCUACUUUUGCAAGGAGGGUAAGGCUGAUGAGGCUUAUAGAAUUUUGAGUGAAAUGCAGGUGAAGGGUUGUGAGCCAAAUGCAGCUACAUAUAGGAUGAUGGUUGAUGGGUUCUGCCGGGUGGGGGAUUUUGAUUCGGCUUUGAGAGUUUUGAGUGUGAUGCUGAGAAGUAGACACUGUCCCCAGUUGAAAACUUUUUGUUGUUUGGUUGUUGGGUUAAUGAAGAUUGGGAAUUUGGAUGGUGCUUGCUUUGUUUUGGAGGAGAUGGAGAAUAGAAAAAUGGGAUUUGGUUUAGAGGGUUGGGAAAAUGUAGUUAGAGAUUCAUGUGGUGACCAUGAAAGGUCAGAUUUUGAACUUGCAAAUGAACUGGUUUUUGGUUCUUAAUAAUCAAGAGAGAAUAUGAUAUGGUAUUUUUGUUGAUAGUAGUAGUUUUACAGGUU